ACGCUUAAAAAAUAAAAAUAUAAAAAGUGAAACCAAAACAAGCGAACACCAACCAACGAAAUAGAUGAAAAUACAGCUUUGUUCGCGAUUAAAGACUGUUUUUGGGACGUAAAUAGAUCGCAAAUAGGGGCCCGUUUCAUGGAAAAAACACCCACCAAGCUAACCGCACCGAACCCAUUUACUAACCGAUUUAGAUUAGCUGCGUUCGUAAACAACGGAUAAGACUGUAUAUCAGCUGUACGUUAAUUUAGUGAUAAAACCAUCGUAGAGCCACAGCAACAAAGAGACUGAACUGAACGACCUGCCAUUUUGAUACCGACACCCCGUCGAGAUUAAAGCCAAUUUUUGGAUCCGAUCCCCAGUUGUCCGCCGACUUCUAAGCACCUCGCAUCGCUACUUUGUAACCGGACUAUAGUCGCAUAUAUCCUAUAUAGUAUUGCACAUAUAUACGAUGUGCGUGAUAUUCUUCUGUGCGGACUCCAAUCCGCAGCUGGGUGGCUACAAGCUCAUUUUGGCCUCCAAUCGGGACGAGUUCUUCGCCAGGGCCACCCAAUCCGCGGCCAAGUGGGCGAAUGCCGAUCAUGUUUACGGUGGAAUCGAUUUAGAGCCGGGACGCGAGGGUGGAACCUGGCUGGCCAUCGGCCACUCCGCGGGCUUCUUCAAGGUGGGCGCCCUGCUCAACCUGACCGGCGAGCCCAAGCCCCGCGAUGCAGUCGCGCACAAGAACAUUUUGCAACCGCAUAAUCACAACAGCAACAAGCCCACCACCUCCAACAACAACAGUCAUCUGAAUCUGAAUACGAAUCUGAAUCCGAAUCUGAAUGCAAAUCCAAAUCCAAAUCCGAAUCCGAGUAAGGGGCAAUCGAAUAACGAACAUUUCUUACUAGGGCGCGGCAUGAUCGUGGCUGACUUCGUCACCCAGGCGGACGAGGAGCACAGCAUCCGGAACUACAACCAGAGGCUCCUCAAGGACUGCACCAAGUACAGUGCCUUCAACUUUGUGUCCAUCGAGAUUGGAUCUCCAUCGCUGCCCGCACGCGUGGAGCUGCUGAGCAAUGUGCCGCCGACGCUGGAGGAGUUCCGGAACGGCGGUUGCUACGGAUUCGGCAACAGCCUGCCACACACGCCCUUCGAGAAGGUGCGCCACGGCCAGCAGGAGUUCGAGGCGAUAGUGCGGGAGCAUGGGGGUGCCAGUGUGGAGACCCUCUCCUCCCAACUGAUGCAGCUGCUGAGGAACAAGCACCGAUUCUGGCCAGAUGCCGAGCUAAAAAGGCGGGCGCCCAACUGGGGCGAGGGCUUGAGUGCCCUCAACGUGCACAUUGCAGACCAUGCCUACGGCAGUCGGACGCACACGGUCAUCCUGGUGGACAGCCAGAACAGGAUGCACUUCAUUGAGGAAACGAUGGCCGGACUGGAUCCGCAGGGCGAGUGGAGCAGGACGCACAUCGAAAAGGAUUUUCCGGGCUAUGUAUAGAAUAUAUAUAUCAGGAAUUUGCUUCCUCCACUAAUUUGUAAUCUGUAAUCUGUAU